CGAGUUCACCGCGAUCUGCAGAAGUAUCACGUGACAUGUCAAUGCAGUUGCGAGAAAAUAUAAACCUCUCCAUGUAUGAGGAAUUGAGCCAGAGAUGCCAACAACUAAGUGAUCAGCUCACGGCCAUGCAAGAGCGAUAUGCUACAUUAGCAGAAAGCUAUGGCGCUCGUAACAGUGGCGGUAAUGGUAACAUUAAUAUUAACAGUAAUAGUAACAGCAACAGUACCAGUAAUAGCAACGGUAAUCCUAGUAAUGCGGCUAAUUUUAAUUCAUCUUCCGUGGAGUAUGUGAUCUACAAAGAGCCUGUUCCACCUUUCAAGGCUGAAACUCCUGCUUCGCAACCUCUAAAACGUAAUCAGGAGGUAGAAUCCUGGCUCAGACAUGUAGAAAAUGGGACGCAGCCACGUACAGACGACGCGUACAUUAGAGCCGCCAGGAGUUCUUGCCGUGGUACAGCCGAUCUUAUAGUGAACUCGCCGAUUUUUGAUGGGAUAGUAUCGUGGGUAGAAUUCAAGGAAAAGAUUAGGAUCAAAUUCAGGGGAACGUGCUCGUCAACAGACUUUUUUAAUCAUCUGAGCGAAUAUAAAUUAGCUCCAGGACAAGCGCCAGUUGAUUUCUUUGUAGCAAUAGAGUCCGUUGUCUAUCAAGGGGUCAGAGAUUACCCGAGGUCAGUAGGAAUGCCAGACGAAUUAAUUCGUAGGGUGUUUCUUCAAGGUUUGCCACAGUGGCUGAGGGAAGCUCUCGCGUUAAAAGAGGAAGAUUCGCUUCAGAUUCUGGUGGAUGCUGCGCAGCGAUGCUGGAGCAUUCGCAUGAGUAAUACUAAAUGUACCGAGAGGCAGGCAAAACCAAAUGAAACAUCACGUGUGCGGAAAUCUCCAUCUAUGUACUGCUCUUUUCAUAAUUCCCGUAACCACAGUGAUGAAGAUUGCAGGGGGAGGCAGAAUGUGCCCAGUUCAUCCAAUUCACUUAGGUGUUAUACCUGUAAAGAGGAAGGUCACAUUUCUCGUAACUGCCCCUUUUCCUCCGCCCGCGGGGCGCGCCCAUUCCCAGCUUCCCGCGCGGCGAAUUCAGGGGGAAUCUAAAAAGGUUGGAUCGGUCAAGGAUUCGAAGGUUACACCAAUUAAUGAUCGGAUAAAGGUGGGAAGACCUCUUGUAUCGCUGAAAGUCAACGGGGUAAUGUGCACUUGCUUCGUAGACACUGGGUCAGAGGUAACUUUGAUGAAGCAAGAAAUGAAAGCUCAAAUGAAUAUUAAAUCGGUUAGACCUUCGUCUCGCACAUUACGAGGUGCUUCAGGCCACUCGUUUCGCGCGGUAGAGUCCGUAAGUUUGUCCUUUUUCCUGAGCGAGGAAGUAAAAUGUAAACACGAGGUAAACAUCGUCUCGGAAGAAGUAAGAUUUCCAGGCGAUAUCUUACUAGGUAUGGAUUUAUUAAGAAGGUUCAAUUUCCGAAUGGUCUCUUUUCACUCUCCACAAAGAAGCUACAUCUCGCUUAACGGGGUCCGUGUCCGAAUGACUUAUAGUGACACUGCAUCCUUGAACAUUAAAUUAUUACACGAGCGUCGUAUGCCUAAACGGUUCAGUGAUAUUGAAGGUACCACGCCAGUGUUUUGUUUAGAAACUCUAGUUUGCCCACCAGAAAUGGGAAGAUUCGUGCCGGGGGUUGUUUUUGAUAAAAGUAGGAUGGAUGCUAUAGUCACGGGCAAAACAGCCCAGGUGUUAAUCCCUCGCAGCCUUACACAGGUUUCGGAAGGCCAGGUAUCCAUUUGGGUCGUGAACGACCGCAAAUUCCCAGUUAUCUUACAACAAGGAGCGCAUAUAGCUUCUCUAGAAAGUAUAGACCAAGUCUUUGAGUCCACAAGGGGUGAUUUUUAUGAUUCGGGAUUUGGAAAUGAUUUUAGUAAUGAGUGUCAUGAUACGGACUCUCAUUUUUCAGAUCGUUUUACUGGGUUUUCUAAUCGUUUUAAUAAUUUGGUUUCUAAUUUUGGUGAUGGUUUUAAUUCAAAUGUUUUAGAUUUUAAGGAUUCGUGGUUCCAUGAUUUUACCGAUUCUUUUGAUGCCCAGCAUGGAACCGGCGAUUUUGGUUAUGAUGCUGACGACUUUGACGUCUUUCCUCAAGUGAGUACGGACGUCUUGACCAUUUCAACUCCUUCGGGUGAGUCGGUCAUACAGGCUGCUAAGCUUGAUCAUCUUGGUUCGUUUAGAAGAGAUCAGUUGAUGGCUAUAUUACAGCGCCAUGCAAUCUUAUUUGAUGAAUCAGCACCAUUAGGGAAGGUUCCGUAUAUUAAACAUCGUAUUCCCACAGCAGACUCUGACCCGAUACGCACUCGCCAGUGGAGACUGCCGGAGAGUGCGCGUGCCACGAUUCGGGACGAAUGUGAUGAGAUGCUGAGGGAAGGGGUUAUUUCCCCAUCGACAUCUCCUUGGUUAUCACCUGUGGUGUUGGUGAAAAAGAAAGAUGGGGGUAUACGCUUUUGCGUCGACUAUAGGAAAUUAAAUCGCGUCACUACAGCAGACGCGUAUCCCAUGCCCAGGAUCGACCAGAUGAUCGAUGAACUAUCAGGCUAAAACAUUACCACGCAACUGGAAAAGGGCGAACUUGGGGUGGCAACACUCUCCUGGUGGAGUCGCCGCGUGGCGACGUUUUGCCCUGCAACGUAGCUAAGAAAAACGGAAACGGCAGUUUUACGUUGCCUGAACCUGCAUUAUACCUCCCUCCAGUAUGGCAACCGAAAUCGCGAUCGCCAUCCCUCCAGUGAAGCUCGAGGCGCAAGGUUUUAUCUCGCCAGUGAGGAGGAUGCGCGAAACGGUGUUGCCACGGACCGCUGUUUUUUUUAUUUUAUUUGUAUUUCUUUUUAAUAAAUAUAUAAAAUGUUUGUAUUUGGAUGGCACCAGUCUCUCUCAACCACAAGACUAUGAUAUAGAGAAUUUUAUUUAUUUUUACAUUUUUAAAGAACCUUUAUCUUAUGGAUUUUAGUUUUAAUACGCAGAAGUUUAUCAUUUUAAUUCAAAGAUUUUAUAGUAACUUUACUUUUAUAUCUACUUUUAUUUAUUGAGUUACUGUAUUUAUUGAGUUACUGAAGUUUUAAGCACCACUUUCCCAAUGGUUCUUUUAAGAUCAGAUGAUUUAUUUAUUAUUUUACGUUAAUGCUGAUUUUAGAUAUUUUAUCAUACA